AUGCCAGAACGAGUCCUCACAAUGGAGCGCGGCUUCACGAAAGAGGACAGCGCCAUCUCGCCCGCCACUGGCAAGGCAAUCAGCCAACACGAAGCAGCGGGACUGAAAAGCCUGACUAAGGAACAACACCUUCGGUUUUGGGAAGAAGUCAUUUAUUGGAACAAAGAGCGCUUCACCGAGGCGAAAUGGCGGCAGGCGAAGAAGGAUAUCUUACGGGCUAAGAAGGAACAUUGUAUGAAGGUGCUCGGUUCGGCUUCAUGGACUGCGCCUACGGGUGCACAUCCCCUUCGGCCAGCGCACCUUCCGCGCUUCGAGACGGCGAGUCCGACUACACCGCGGCCGCGAUGGGAGAUCCUGUCUUCCGGUCCUGGGACGCCGCGGUCGGCUACUGCUGGACCUAUUAAGAAUUCUUUCGCGGAAGGUGGGUUUUGGGAGUCACUGAUUUCACCGAAGACGCCUGUCACCGCUAUACCGAUUGCGACAACUCCAGUCACCGCCGUCCCGCCUUCGCCAUGGCUUCCUAAUAUUCCUUCUAUAGACGCAGAAGCCAAAGCUACAUAUGAGGAAAUGAAGACAUCCGUCAGCAAAAUGGCCCUCAAGGUCUGCGCAAGUCGCCACACUCUCCGCCGCUCUUUCAACAGCGACAACGACGUCAUUCAUCCGUCUAUGGUGCGUCCAAAAGACACUUUUCUCGCCGCUCAACUCACUCUCGGCUCACUUAAACUCCAUCAACCUCUUUCGACAUACAUCGACGCCGCCUUGCCACAAAAGCUAGACUCUCACGCCGACGACGAAGCAGCAGGCGCAAAACAAUAUAGAAUCUACCGCCGAGAACAACUGGAUGAUGUGGAUAGCUGGCUGCAGUUUGAUGCGCAGACGGGGGAGUUGACGACUAUACUGGAGGCUCAGCGCGAUUUACUCAAGAUGAACAAGGAUAGGCGGAAGAGUAGGGAGGUUGCGGUAGGCGAGAAGGGUAUCAAGCUCGCGUGGGCUGUAAAGGUUGUGGAUGAUUGCCAGUACUUCGCCGACAUUGCCGCGGAUGGGGAGAGUGAAGGAAGUGAUGAGGGGUAUGAGUACGGGAACUUCGUUCGGAGUCUGGGAGAUGGCGAUGGCAGUUCCUUGCGGUCGAACAGCUCUACGCUCGACCUCUCCUUGACCCUGACCAACAGCUCCAACGCCCGUAGCAGCGCUACAGAAGACAGCCUCGGCCUAACCCAACGCUCAUCCAGCAGUCCCAUCAAACAAACCCACGACCCCAGCUCCGACACCUUACCACUCCGCACCCGGAACUACACCCUCUCCAACGCCACCAACCCAAACAUCUACACACCACCCCCCUCCCACGCCCACAGCAUCCGCCGCAGCAACGCCACAGCCACCCCUUCCUCAUCCGCAUCCCGUCGUAACCGGCAGGGUAGCCUCUGGAUCAACACCAGUCUAGCGAAUCCUUCGAUCAGCGCGGCUAGUACGAUGAGCCCGCAGGAAAGGGGGACGAGACACAAAGGACCCAGUAUCGAGGAUUUGAGCGGGUGGGCUGAGGAGCUGAAGAAGAUGGAGAGGAAGAGGGUGGAGAUGAGGGGGGAGGGGGGGAUUGGGAGGAUUGGGAGGCCGGUGGGGGCUGGGAAGCCGAGACAGUUGAGGUGGUUCUCUAAUACUGAAGGGGGUGAUAGUGAGGAUGAGGACAGGGCAGAGAAGAAGACGGCGCAUGAGAAGGAAGAGGAAAAAGCGGAUGAAGAGGGCGAUGGCUUGACGAUCAAUGGGUCCGUUCAUCCUGCUCUGAGGAAAGGUGGUCACGACACCGAUAAUGGCAUUGCGAAUUGGCGUAACAAUGUCGACUUGUCACAAGGGGAAGAUAGGAACAGAGGUGCAAGUGGCGGCAGUACCAGUACAGCUAGUUGGCGCUGCGAGACUGCUUCUAUCGUCGAACGCGAUAGUCGGCCUUCUAGCAUGGCCAUGGAUAACGAGGUCUACCAUACCGAAGACGAGAACCAGAUAUCCGACUACGACCACGACGACAACCCCGACAACCCCUUCGACGAAGCCACCAACCCCUCAUACCUCGACGCCUCCGACUCCGAUACCAAUGACUCUCCUACAAGGACGCAAAGACCGACUACGCCAAUUCACCCCCAGCGCACAUCCUCCUUGUCACCGACACAUGCCCCGAUCAAGAUGUCUGCACUGUCAACACUUCGUGCUCCGGCAUCGACUCCAGUUAUUCAUCAGGAAGGAACACUGCGUCUCGAUCCGCCGCGCCGCCCACCUCCACCGCCUGUUCGACCACCUCCUCCGCCAAUGCCGUACUGUAAUAUGAGGCCGCCGGCGCCGCGGCCGACGGCUGAAGAGGAGAUGGGCAUGCCUAUGCCGCGGUAUAACAGACAAGCUACUACGUCUUAUGAACGGCAGUUGGGUCAGAUUUCUGCGGUGCCCUCAUCGUCGUCCUUCAUCGAGAUGGUUAAACGGCAGGGGCAGGGGCAGGGGCAGGGCCAGGGGCGUGGUGUUGCUUUAUCGGAGAGUAUGGCGUCAUCGUCCUCCUCCAUCGAGGGGAAUGAGAAUGAGACUGGAAAGCAGAGGAGUCCGAGUGUGAGUGUGAGUAAAGCAACUUUACUCCAAGAAGCCAUUCAGUCCCGUGGCGGUAAAACUGGAGCUGCGGGUCAACACACUCGUAUGUGGAGUAAAAGUAGUGGACAGAGUGUGAAGAGUAAACAAGAAGAGGAGUGGGAUGAAGAAUUGAAAAGGAUGGAGGGGAAGGAGAGGGCGAGGCAAAUUGGUAGUUCGUAG